AUGGUCAUCGAAAAUUGUGUAAGACCGCAACGUUCCACCGAGACAACGACAGCUAUCCUCCUCCUGGCGGCCUUCGCUUCAGGUAGACCGUCAGAUGGCUGGGAGCCCGAAGGACACUCGCAUUCCGAGCACACGAAGCCCUACCAUGUCACAGUGGUCAAGAAGAUAGGCGUGCCAAUACCACAUCCCGUGGCUGUCUCCGUCCCUCAAUACGUCAAAAUUCCGAUACCGCAGCCCUAUCCCGUUCACGUCACAGUAGAACAGCCGAUUCACGUUCCUGUAUAUAAGGUCGUACCCCAAAUUAUAGAAAAGCCAGUACCUUACACGGUGGAGAAACCGGUUCCAUACGAAGUAGAGAAACCUUAUCCAGUUGAAGUUGAGAAGAAGGUGGAAGUACCAAUCCCAAAACCAUACCCAGUGCACGUACCUGUCUACAAACACAUCUACCACCACAAGGGAGGCAAGCACUAA